AUGGGCUCCUCUUCUCCCUCCAAACCAUAUCAGUGCCAGCGAUGCUCGAGGACUUUCGCUCGUCUGGAGCAUCUUCAGCGUCAUGAUCGGUCUCAUACAAAAGAGAAGCCGUACAUCUGCACCAAAUGUCCCAAAUCAUUUACUCGCAAGGACUUAUUAGCUCGUCACGAACGACUGGCUCACAGCAGUCCGGCGCUGGAUGCUACACCAACAAACUCGCCGCAAUCCGCCUCACCUCAGGUUUUUGACGGGCUUAAUGUUCUAGCAUCAGCAGUAGCUGGCCGUCCGCUUUCUCCAUCGCCUCAGGGGUCUCAACCGGUAAACACCAGUUCUCCGGCGUCCUUCCCGACGGUGUUACCAGACACGGUUCUUGGGCAUACUGUCUCAAAUUCCCAAUCAGCGGCAGCCGUGCCUUCUGAAGCUCCCGGGUUCAGCGAACCUUUUGCCAGCUAUGGACAAUCUAUCUCCCACGAUGGAGAUGACUUCACCACGUUCUUAGAUAGCAUACCUCUUCCAAGCCAUCCUUACUCGCCCACUUAUCAACCCCUUCCUCUCUUUCCUGCCUUUCAUUUCUAUCCGACAACGUCGGACUAUGACCACGCCGUCGAGAAAGACAAAUCCGUCAAUGACAUUGAUUCGCCUUCAACAUCUGUCUUGCCCCGACAUGGAACGCAGUUGCCAUCGCUCCAACCGGACGGGACUCAGGCUCCCUACAAGGCUCGGGAGCCAAGUGGCCAAAUAUCAAUAACGACGCAAUGCAGAGAUCGCAUCCUCGCAACCCUAUCUGAUUAUUCUAAUGUUGUCCACAACCCAUUUGUUCCGUCACGGCACGCGUUAUCCCGCUGUCUUGGUGGGUAUAUGAAUGGUUAUCAUGACCACUACCCGUUCCUGCACGUUGCGACACUCGACGCGGACGUAACUCCCGUGCAUCUACUCCUCUCUAUGGCCGCGUUGGGGGCUCAGUAUUGCCGUGAGCCUGACACGAGUAUGGAAUUAUUUAGAGUCGCCAAGGCAGUCACUCUUGAACAUAUUCGAAGAGAGUUUCAAUGGGGUUGCUCCACUCAUAAGAUGACAACCCAUGUCGACAAGGCAGUAAGAGAUCAGGACAUCAUCGAAACUGUUCAGGCACUACUAAUACUGAUAUCGGUGUCAUGUUGGUUCGAGCGCGAUCCGCCACAUCAUGAGGCUCUUUAUAUGCGAAGCGUCAUGGAAACUCUUCUUCGACAAGGAGGACUGAACGAGCUGCCGGCGCAGGACGGGACUUGGGAAAGCUGGAUCCGCAGCGAAUGUUUCAAGAGGACGAAGUUGAUCGUCUUCUGCUUUUUCAGCGUCCAUACCAUUGUGUUUGACAUACCGCCGCUGAUCCUGACGGAGGAGCUCACCCUCGACUUGCCUUGCACAGAAAAGGAAUGGAACGCGACAAGCGCAAAUCAGUGGCUAGUGGAGCGGAGUCAAAGCCGUGGAGAGCCCAAGCUACAGGUCGCCUUGAACGCGCUAUUUCCACAAUCCUCUGGAGCCAAAGGUCGAUUAGAAAGCUUCUCCUCGAUGGGCGGCUAUGUACUGAUUCAUGCAAUGAUUCAGAAUAUCUGGCUGAUCCAGAAGGCCAGUCGUCUUCCUGUCUCCAACGGUAGCUUUCUAUCACCAGCAGUGAUCACGUCGCUAGAACAAGCGUUGGAAAAUUGGUGUCAAUGUUGGGAACACAAUCAGGAGUCCUCUACCGACCCAUUCAAUCCUCAUGGUCCUCUCUCUUUCACCUCGACGGCUUUACUUCGCCUCGCUUAUAUCCGUCUCAAUGCCGAUUUCAGCUCCGCGCGACGGCUACAAACCUGGAAUCCGGACGAGAUAGCCCGUUCUUUAAAGGAUGAUCUAUGCGUGCAACGGAGCGAUAGACUCACUCGUGCCGCAUUGCACUGCGCUCAUGCGCUCAGCACGCCCAUCAAGCUGGGAAUAAAUUAUGUGGCGCACACUCUUGUUGUGUCUUGGUCGAAUCAGUACGCCCUGUGCUCACUUGAAUGUGCCGUUCUGCUGGCCAAGUGGCUAGAGGUGGCGACGGUAGCCAACAUAGAACCUAGUUUGACAGAACAGGAGAAUAAACUUCUUGAAUUUGUGUUAGAGAUGGUGAUGGAGGUUCAACACGGGGUGUCUCGCGAUUGGCUCUUGGCUAACAAUACUCGGCUCAGCGCCACGGUGACAAGACUCUGGGCAAGGCUGUUCACAGGAGACUAUAUUUGGCAAUUGGUCAACCUGAUAGGUCGCUCUCUCAAUAGAUACGCUGAGAUCCUGGAACCUACGAAUGAAUCAACUUGA